CGACGGUAGGAGGCCUCUGGAAGAAUCGGUUGAGCAGGUCUCGAAUACAGUCAGGCUCCAAGCAUGACCGCCCUUCGUGCUAACCAGUCCGAGGGAGGACCUGAACGUGCCAACACGCCGUGAUUAGUGUUGUCACCCUCGACGAAAAAGCAGGCAUCAUGGUGGACCAGCCAGCGUUUUGCCCCCCAACUCCUGGUGCGCCAGUGAGGGAUUCCAGCUCCCCUGAUCCAGAGGGCCUCAGCUUCAACGAUUGGGACAUCCCUCUGCGGCUCCUUCGCGAGCUGUACCUCAAGCCAGAGUACAUGUCUUAUGGACUGUCCACCAUUCCGUCAAGCGGGUCCUCCACCACGCUCGGUACUCCGACAUUUCCUCCGAGCUCAAGUGCGCAAUCUAUUCUUCACGCCGCUGCAGUCUCGCCAGGCAGCUCGGCCCCGACUCCCAACACGCCCCCUACCGUCGUAUUCAGGAGAGUGCGGACCGAUUCGGGUGCGAGCAACGCUAGUUCUGCGUUCGUUGGGCCGUCUUCCGAGCAAGGUGGCAUCCGUCGGUCGGCAUCCCUAAGCCAUGCAGCUACGCCUAGACAUGCUACGGCUUCACGGCGAUGGGCGCCCGGGGGAUCGAUAUGCAAGGCAAGCGGCAUCAUUAAUGCUGUAGGCGCUACCAUUGCAAGCGAUCAGCUGUCUCAGGCGCUAAGCCCCUCAGGUGCUGAUGUGCCACACUCGAGCUCCUCAGCAAGCCUUUCGAGUUUGGGACAGAGCUUCAGUGCUAAACCCAGGACUCGUGUGGUCAGUUUCAGCCCUUCUCAGAUGCCACAAUUUCUUCCAACAAGAGUCCUCAGCUUUGAGCAAAAGAAACGCGUGCUAGUCACGGGAGGGGCUGGCUUUGUUGGUAGUCAUCUCGUCGAUCGCCUCAUGCUCAUGGGUCACGAAGUCAUGGUCGUGGACAACUUCUUCACCGGCACGAAAUCUUCCUUGUCGCACUGGGUCGGGCAUCCAAGUUUCGAGUUGGUCCGGCACGAUGUAGUGAACCCACUGCUUGUCGAAGUGGAUCAGAUCUACCAUCUCGCAUGCCCGGCAAGUCCAAAAUCCUAUCAGGUCAACCAGAUUAAGACGAUCAAAACCAACUUUAUGGGAACCAUGAACAUGCUCGGAUUGGCUAAACGCACGAAGGCGCGGUUUUUGCUGGCAAGCACGAGUGAGGUAUACGGCGACCCCGAUGUGCACCCUCAACCGGAAAACUACAAUGGUAAUGUCAACCAGACCGGUCCCAGGGGCUGCUACGAUGAAGGCAAAAGAAUUGCAGAGACUCUCACAUACGGUUACCUCUACCAAGAUGGUGUUGACGUUCGAGUAGCGCGCAUAUUCAACACCUACGGCCCACGAAUGCAUCCGUUCGACGGGCGAGUCGUCUCGAACUUCAUCCUGCAAGGUCUCAAGGGCGAGCCUCUUACCGUGUACGGCGACGGCAGCCAGACGCGAAGCUUCAUGUUCAUUCAUGACCUUGUUGAUGCGCUCAUAGCACUCAUGAACGUCGAGGUGGAUGACAUUGCAGGCUCGGACCCGACCGACGAGAAGGGUAGAGACGACCUUCUACAUGGCGUGCACGGUCCUGUGAACAUCGGAAAUGGUCACGAGUUCACUAUCAAAGAGCUUGUCGAGGCGGUCGCAGCUGCAGUACAGCAGGUAAAAUCCGAGCUUUCCCCUAAUGGGCUGUUGGAAAUGGGUUCCUUAUCAGAGUCAUUGGCGGCUGCAGACGCGCCGCAUGUCGAAGGCGAAGCCGAGGAGAUCAAUGGGGUCAAGGUGGUCUACUGUCCGAUGCCCACGGACGAUCCCAAGCAAAGACGUCCAGACACGACCCGUGCAAAGCAAUUGCUCAACUGGGAGCCUCGCUGGUCAUUGAAAGAAGGUUUGCUCGAGAUGUGCAGGUAUUACGCCCACAGGAUGGAAUCGGGAGAAGUUAAUGUAGCAUAGCCCAACCAACUGCAUGAGCCACUUGCUCUUU